AUGGAUUUAAUACCAAAACGCCCAUUUGAGAUUUUUGAUAAGCAAUUGGAUAACUGGAUAACAACACAAGAUGACAUUCGAUUGAGACCUCUAAACAAAAGGGAACAGCUGGCAAAAGACAAUGUAUCAUGGGAAUGCAUUGAUGACCAUUCUAUUGUAUAUAAACCACAACAACCUCAUGAGCGUGUGCCUCAACCAUCUUCCUUUACAUUUGAUAAAGUUUUUGGCCCUACAACAAUCACAGAAACUGUCUAUGAGGAUGGAGUAAAAACUGUUGCUUUAUCUGCUCUAAUGGGCAUCAAUGCUACCAUAUUUGCUUAUGGUCAAACAAGUAGUGGGAAGACAUAUACUAUGAGAGGAAUCACAGAAAAAGCUGUCAAUGAUAUUUAUCAGCACAUAAUGCAGACUCCUGAAAGAGACUUCAGAAUAAAGAUAUCAGGCCUAGAAAUCUACAAUGAAAAUGUAAGAGAUUUGCUGAAUUCAGAAUCUGGACGCAAUCUCAAGCUUCUAGAUGAUCCUGAGAAAGGAACAGUAGUUGAGAAGUUAGUGGAGGAAACAGCAACCGAUGAUAAACAUUUAAGAAGUUUAAUUAGUGUUUGUGAAGCUCAAAGACAAGUAGGUGAAACUGCUUUAAAUGACACUAGUUCCCGAUCACACCAAAUAAUAAGACUUACUAUAGAAAGUACACUUCGGGAGACUUCAGACUGUGUUAGAUCCUUUGUCUCAAGCCUGAAUUUUGUAGAUUUAGCUGGAAGUGAAAGAGCAUCACAGACAAAUGCUGAUGGUGCGAGGCUCAGGGAAGGCUGUCAUAUCAAUCUUAGCUUGAUGACUCUCACAACUGUAAUUAGGAAACUCAGUGUUGGAAAAAGAAGUGGACAUAUUCCAUACAGAGACUCUAAGUUGACUCGAAUACUACAACAUUCGCUAGGUGGCAAUGCCCGAACUGCUAUUAUAUGCACUUUGAGCCCCCGCCUCUAG